UUGCUUUCUGCACUGCCUGUGAGUCUCUGAGCCGCCUGCGAACUCCUUCAAUCAUGAACAAGAUCAUCGUCUAUGAACAUUCUGACUUCCGUGGCAACAGCAGGGAGUUCACCUCUGAUGUCCGUAAUUUAGUUGAGCAUAACUUUAAUGACUGCAUCUCCUCGCUGAAGGUCAUCGGGAAUCCAUGGGUGGCGUACACAGAUAAAAAUUUCAGUGGUGACCAGACCGUCUAUGAGGAAGGAGAAUAUAGUAGCGUGUCCUACAAUGAUGCAAUUUCCUCACUUGAACUGGUGACAGACGACCUGGAUAAUCCUCAGAUUAUACUGUAUGAACAUGAUAACUACAGGGGCCAGAGCCUUGUUCUGAACAGUGAGACCAACUUGUCUUACGGAUCUUUUAAUGAUAAAGCAUCCUCUCACAAGGUGCAGAGAGGAGCCUGGGCUCUGUAUCAGCAUCAGGACAGAGGCGGAUCUUGCAUGAUAGCCAGAGCUGGUCGUGAUCUAGCUAACUAUGGCUGGUUCAAUGACCGUCUGACCCACCUCCGUCCUCUUAAAGCAGGCAGACCCACCAUUAAAGCUGAGAUUGAAUGGGACAAGAAGAAAGAAGAUGUGAAAACUGUUAAGAUCGACUCCCUCACUGGUGUGAAUUUUGGAUCAGAAAAACAAACCUUCACCACUGAGAUGACUCGAGAGUAUUCAGGAUCCGUCACUGAGAGCUUCAACUUUAGCAAUUCCACACAGAUUAGUGUGGGAACCAAAAUUGAAGUUGCACUGUUUGGUGCCAAAACAGAGAACACCAUAAAUAUCAGUAACACCUUUACCGUGGAGAAGGGUCACAGCGAAACCAAAACCACAACUAACAGUGUUAAAGUCUCCUUGCCGGCCAGCAUUCCUCCUCACACCAAGCUCACAGUGAACAUGGUGAGGAAGCAGGUGUCUGUUACGGUUCCAGUCAAGCUGACCAUCACCACCGGCUUUACCACUAAGGUUGAGUAUGGAGAGUACAGGUGUGAGGAUGGGAAUUCUAUUCACGCUGAAUACAAGGAGGAGAAGAUCUAGUACAGCUAUGUGAGGAACAAAACACAGACCAGUGUUAAUGUUGCAAAUAUUCUAAAAUAAUAGACAGCUUUUGAGCAAUUAGAAUUGAGAAAUUAGAGGUGCUGUAGUAUUAAAUAACUUUUAGAUAGCCACCUUCCAUGUUACAAGAUAGAACAGUCUUCGAAUCUCAUUGAUUGUAUUUGUUACCUUGCCUUUUUUUGAAAAAAAAAAAACAAUUAUUAUUUGCCAUGUAAUUUUAGUUUGUCUUUAAAAACUAUUUAUAUGGUAUAUAUUCGCUUGCAUCUAUAUUGUUUUGUUAAAUUGUAUCUUGUAAUUAUGUCUUAAUUUUAUAAACAGGAAUAAUUAAUGGAAGAUGAAUCAUAAGUGUGCAUUGAAAUGGGAUUUGGUCAUGCCAUACAGUAUGUUUCACUGUAAUACGAUUUAAAUUAUGUUUCAGCAUGUUUGCAUUAAAGUUGCAUUUACUAGUUCUAAUCAUUUACUUAUGUACCUUUAAAAAAAGAAGUGUAUUUCCUGUAUUUUCCUGUCUGUGUGAUUAUGAUAUACAAUCUAACAUUAAAAGUAAUUACAUAAAAAAAUAAGAUUGUGUUUGACUCAUUCAUGAAAAAAGUGGAAAAACCAUCUGGUCAACAAAACCAUAGUAUUUUCAGUUCUCACUCACGCACUCAU